AUGUCUCAGCUACUCAAGAGGAAGGCGGACGAUCUGGAGAGCUCGGACGAUGAAGAGCCCGCGCUAGGGCGUCAGGUGUUGCCGGUCGCGAAUCUGCCGGACGCGUUCGACGGAGAGCCGACGGAUGGACUGCAGUACCUGUUCAUGGUGCGGAGGGACGCACGGUUGCUCCCUCACGUUAUACGGGUAGCGAACCCUUACGAACUCCCGCAGCCACCACCUCCGGACGAGGGUUCAAAUGGUUCUGCAUCUUCAUCUUCUCCACGCAAGAACGUGCUUCCGUCGGAGGAAUGGCGAGAGACGUUUUUAUGGCGAUUCAAGAACUUUCGUAAGAACUCCGUCCAACCUACCAUACACAUUCAUAUCCCUGACUCUAGCGCGAAGUCGACACCGGACAAAAAGGAGCGCGAUUUGUGGUGGGCCUUCCUUGCGGGUCGGCCGGAGAGUGAGUGGAAUCCUCCCAAAAAGCAAAAGCAGCAGAAACUGUCCCGAUGGCAGCAGCACAACUUGAAGAAAACGGCUCGUGAAUUUGAGGACCCGUCCUAUGAUGCGCCUUUACCAUACGACCUUGGACAGUCAUCUGCCGACCUGGACCAUCAAUCUGCAGACUUCCAGCACCACCCAGCAAAUGGCACGCCAGAUUUCUCUGAUCUGUCUACCGGGCAGCCGCCGUCAACAUCGUCUACCGGUCCUAGAAGCGCAUCUUCACUGUGUCUGCCUCGCGAGCCCACACCUGUCGUGCUGCAGCACAUUGAUCACAAAUACGCCAUCCAUCUUCUGAUGUACUUCACUCACUGGAUCAGCGUCCGACUUGAAGAAGGCCAUCUUCCGUACACGGAUAUCACCCAAGCGCACGCGCGAUGGAUGUUCGCGCUUCUCUCACGGGUGGAAGAAUGGAUCUCUGGUGAUGAAACGAGUCUUCUGCGAGGCCUGGCCCGGGGAUGCAUGGAACUCAUGGCGGAAAGUCGCCGGAAGGUGUCAUUAGCGGCGAUACCGGGGGCAGUUCCUUCGGAGGGCGGGGAAGACAGGUUUGUGGACGAGGGUGCGCUCUGGAUGAUCCUCACUGCGAUUGCUGGGGUUUGGGGACAGAAGGAUUUGUGGGAGGACGCAGAAAACACGCUGCUGAGGGUAGAGUCGUGCAGCAAACACGAGUUUUUGACGUGA